ACACUUUGGCAUUACAACUCGACAGACAGCUAGACAAUCUCGCUCAGCAAUAAAUUCUUUAUAUAUUUAACAAAACGCAUACAUAAAAAUGUUUCAGGAACUUGUUCUAUUUGUGCACAAUACAGCGCGUAACUUUUGCCUAUCGCGUCCGCCAGUGGCACGUGGGACUGCCUGUCGCAUACCCAUUAGGAACAGCGUGUGGGCCAAUGUGAUCUUCUUCAUAGCCAUCUUUACGCCGCUCUAUGUCUGCCUGCUAAAGGAUGCGAUUGGCAUAUUGCGUGACUUCAACUACAAGAUUGUGAAGAACAAAUAGCGCUAGCAGUUUAUUCAACGUUCUCAGGUUUUCAGGUCAAAUGUCGGUCAUUGUUAACUACCACUCUGUACAUUCUCGAAUACAUACAUACACAUAUAUAUAUAUAUAU